AUGCCAGGCGAGGAGUCCUACUUGAUCAUUGGAGGUUGUGGCUUCCUCGGACGAUGGAUCGUGGAUCAGCUCGUCGAGCGAGGAGAGACCAAGGUCGCGGUGUUCGAUAUUGUCCAGCGGCAUUUCGACAACAAUAUCACCUUCUUCACUGGUGAUCUGAGCAAUGCUGCUGAUGUGGAAAAUGCCAUUGUCAAGUCUGGCGCGACGUCAAUCAUCCACACUGCUUCUCCUCACUAUACCGCCCCCGCCGACAUCCUCGAACGAGUCAAUGUGACUGGCACUUCAAAUGUCGUUGACAUGUGUUUGAAGCACAAUGUCAGAAAGCUCGUCUACACCUCCUCAGGUGCAGUCUAUCUUGAUGGGAUCCAUCAACUCAUUUCGGCGGACGAACGGUUAGAUUACGCUGAGAAACCGCUCGAUGUGUACAACACGACCAAGAUUGAAGCUGAGAAAAUCGUACUCAAUGCCAAUGAUCGCUCUGGCGAGGGUCUAUUGACAUGCUGUAUCCGACCCUGUGGAAUAUUUGGACCCGGAGAUCAAAAUAAUAUUAAACAAUGGCACCGAGUCGUCUUGAAUGGACAAACGAAAUGGCAGAUCGGUGACAAUAUGAACAUUAACGAUUUCACCUUUGUCGGCAACGUCGCUCGAGCUCAUAUCCUCGCUUCGGAUCGUCUCGCAGAAUCGUACCCCUGUGAUAGAUUCCGAGACCCGCUUCCAUCCAUCGACUUGUCCGUCGGAGAGCGACGCGUUCCUACCUCUGAAGCUAGACCGCUUGGACCCAACACGUCACCUUCGGAAAAGGAUCUCGAAGUUGCCAAACGCUUCGCCUCGAAAGAGUAUGAUCCGAACGAUCUCCGACCUGUUCUCAGGAACCGAAUGGACCACUUUUCCGAGCAAUCCAAUUUGGAGGAUGAAAGUGCGUCUGUACCCGUCGCUGGCCAAGCGUACUUUGUCACCAACGGCGAGCCAGUCUACUUUUGGGAUUUCGCAAGGACCGUAUGGAAGCACUUUGGGCCAUUGCCAACGAGUUACUGGGUGUUGCCAGUCGCCUUGGGUUACAUUGUCGGCCUAUUGUCGGAGACCUUUGCCAAGAUCUCAGGAAGGCAACCAGGCAUGACGAGGUACAACAUCUCCCAAGUGGUCCAGAACCGAUACUUUAGCAUUGAAAAGUCGAGGCGACUGUUGGGAUACGAGCCCACUGUGGGCAUUCAAGAAGGGAUUCAGCUGAUGGCGGAUUGGUACAAGGAAGAGUUGGCGAAAAAGGGAGAGCCAGAGUCGAAGAAGAGCCGAUAG